AUGACCGUUCCAGAGCACUCGCCGGAGCUUAGCGAUACUCGGGCCGGUACGCGUCCAGUCCCUGUGGAAAACAUCUACCCAAAAGGAGUCCCCGGUGGCUUCAGCGUGCGAGCCGCGGAUGCAAUUGCCCUUGCUUCGGCCGCAUCUGUUGGAAGACGGCGCUUCAGAAGUCGGAAGAGCAUAGACUUGAACCUGGACGAAGGUUCACUAGGGUCUGCAACAUGGACAGCGAUCCUUCGUGUGCUUAUGGCUUUGACGGUGCUCUUUCUGUUGAUGUCGGCGAUGUGGUCUGGCAGCCAGGAGCAGCUGGACCAUGCCGCCCUCGCCUUUCUAAGCUGGGUAGCGCUACGCCGGCUUCUCCCAAACACCGCUGCUGUCGAGGCACGGCUCAGGGCUACAAGGUUCGGAAUUGGAGUUGCGAACGCAUCGGGUCCUUCCUUCACCUCGAGGCAGAAGCACUGCGACCGAAACUUCAGAGCGUAG